AGAGAGAGAGAGAGAGAGAGACAAAAGAAGCUGUGGCUACGUUGAGUGUCACGUCUUGGGAGCACGAUAGCUGGCCAUCCACUUGGUUUCUUUAUUAUUUUCAUCAGUAAAACACAUCAAGGGCGGGGGAGCUCUGAAGGCCGAACGCGUGCAUUCUGAUAUUUGGAGGUGCGUCGUAGCGUGGGACUCGAUACCGGACUGGGCGCAUCUUAUAUCGCGCGAUAAAGCAGAACAAAGGGAGUCUUGAGCGAGGAAUCCUGGAGCCGCCGAAGCAGGGCCAAAUGUUCUUCUGAGUCCCACAGAACGGCGCAAACUCUUCUGAAACAACAUUUAAGGCUACACCGAAACAGAAGACCCUCGAACCGCAACAAACCCGUUAUUCACCAUGUUUCCCCAGAAUCGACCCUCGGCACCUUUGCAACCACCCCUUGGGUCCUCUGCUUCAGCUGCUGCAGCUGCGGCCGCUACAGCAUCGGGGUUGACCCAACCUCUAAAACUCACUUACCCCGAGACCCUGGACCGCAUAAAGGAGGAAUUUCAGUUCCUGCAGACACAGUAUCACAGUCUGAAGUUGGAGUGUGAAAAGCUGGCCACAGAGAAGACAGAAAUACAGAGACAUUAUGUCAUGUACUACGAAAUGUCCUACGGCCUCAACAUAGAGAUGCACAAACAGACGGAGAUCGCCAAACGGCUGAACGUGAUUUGUGCCCAGCUCAUUCCAUUCCUGUCACAGGAGCACCAGCAGCAGGUGGUCCAGGCCAUGGAGCGCGCCAAACAGCAACAGCUGCAGGCCCAGCACCUUUCCCAGCAUGCUGCCCAGGGACUGGCCAUGGCCCCUCACCACUCCGGCCUGCCUCACCCGGGACUGGCUCUGGGGGGCGGAACUGGGCUGCUGGCCCUUUCCGGGGCCCUCGGGGCCCAGCUGGCCUCUAAAGAGGAGCGAGCCCAUUUUGAGGCCGUGGCAGCGGCGGCCGCAGCAGAACACCACAGAGACCGUGAACCUGGACCAAGUUCACUUUCUAACGGAGACAAAGGCAGGCCUUCAGACUACCUCAGCAACGGAAAAAAGAGAAAAGCAGAUGAGAAGGAAUUUAUGACCGACUACGGCAGCGACGCGGAGAAGAGCGAUGACAAUUUGGUCGUUGACGAGGACCCUUCUUCUCCAAGGAGUGUGCAGUCGUACUCCUCCAGAGAGAAUGGAUUAGAUAAACUCCCUCCUUCCCGUAAGGAGCCUCUGCCCCAGGCCAGUCCGACCUCGCUGGCUUCCUCCAGCAGUGCUGCUUCCCCUUCACGCAGCAAGGAGCCUCCACCGAGAGAGAAGUCCAGCACUCCAGGGAUGAAGCCUGGCACGCCCAUGUCCCAGGAGUCGUCCACCCCAGGCCCUAGCGUUCCUCCGCAGUUCCGCCCCGUUCCAGGGAAGUCAGGCGUUGACCCUCUUGCAUUAGGUCUGAGGAACCCAUUGGCGGUGCAGGGCGGGUACCCCCCUGGUGCAUUUGGCCUUCCUCCCCCGGGAGUUAACGGCGAGUUGGCUGGAGCCGCAGGAUACGGUGCCGGUCUCCACCUCGUCUCUCCUCAGAUGAACGGCUCAGCUGCUGCCGCUGCUGCCGUUGCUGCAGCCGCCGCUGGAUACGGACGCUCACCUGUGGUGGGCUACGAGUCUCCUCACCCCCAUAUGAGGGUACCAGGGUUACCUGCUAGCCUGCAGUCGACAGCUUCUGGAAAACCUGCUUACUCGUUCCACGUGAGUGCAGAUGGUCAAAUGCAGCCGGUGCCCUUCCCUCCUGACGCCCUCCUCGGCCCUGGCAUCCCACGUCACGCCCGUCAGAUCCACACCCUCAGUCAUGGAGAGGUGGUGUGCGCGGUGACCAUCAGCACCUCCACGCGUCACGUCUACACCGGCGGGAAAGGCUGCGUCAAAGUGUGGGACAUCAGCCAACCGGGCAGCAAGAGUCCAAUGGCCCAACUGGACUGUUUGAAUCGAGACAACUAUAUCCGGUCAUGCAAGCUCCUUCCAGAUGGGCGGACUUUGAUAGUCGGGGGCGAGGCCAGCACGCUGUCAAUCUGGGACUUGGCCACGCCCACUCCACGCAUCAAGGCCGAAUUGACGUCUUCGGCUCCGGCCUGCUAUGCUCUGGCCAUCAGUCCCGACAACAAGGUCUGCUUCUCCUGCUGCAGUGAUGGAAACAUCGUGGUCUGGGACCUGCACAACCAGACGCUUGUCAGGCAGUUCCAAGGUCACACAGAUGGAGCCAGUUGUAUCGAUAUUUCCAACGACGGGACCAAACUGUGGACAGGGGGUCUGGACAACACAGUGCGCUGCUGGGACCUGAGAGAGGGUCGACAGCUGCAGCAGCAUGACUUCACCUCACAGAUCUUUUCUUUGGGUUACUGUCCUACGGGCGAGUGGCUUGCAGUGGGGAUGGAGAGCAGUAAUGUGGAAGUGCUGCACGUCUCCAAACCAGACAAAUACCAGCUGCACCUUCACGAAAGCUGUGUUCUCUCGCUCAAGUUUGCCUACUGCGGUAAAUGGUUUGUAAGCACAGGCAAAGAUAAUCUACUGAAUGCAUGGCGAACUCCAUAUGGAUCAAGCAUAUUCCAGUCUAAGGAAUCGUCGUCCGUCCUCAGCUGUGACAUUUCCCCUGACGACCAGUUCAUUGUCACUGGCUCAGGAGAUAAGAAGGCUACUGUGUAUGAAGUCAUUUACUAAACUGAAUGUGUUUGGAACGUCAUUCAUAAAAUUAGAAAAACUGAUUGGAUGGAGGAGACCAGAUUCAUCUUUGUUUUGACUUGAACUUGGGAGACAAAAGGUGUGGCAUGGACGUCAGUAUGGACUUUUGAGACAAAGAUAUGGCUGUACUUUUCGACUCCAGGAUCGGAUGGUGGAUCUUCAGAACUGACCUUGUUGUUUUUUUAAUGCUGUGAGGAAAGCUGGUAGACUAGCUUCAAAAACAUGGAAUUUCUCCAAAGACCUCCUCUUGUCUUCUUUCCUUUUUUUUUUUUAAACAAGAUGAAACCUCUGUAGUGAAUAUAAUAGUAAAAGAAAUCUUAUUUUUUUAGCCUUCGGAAUUUUCACGGAAAUGGACAAUUAUGGAGCCACCGUGUAUGAAUGAAUUAUGACGAGACCUAAAGGACUGGCCUAUGACUUCGUCAAUUUUCUUAAACGCUGACCUGAUCUCGGCUCUGUGUUAUGAUUGUAUGGAUGGUGUAUAAGAUGAUGGACUAUGAUGUAGGACAACAAGGCUUUGGAUUUUAGUGUGUCAUUGACUUCAGGGAAACGGCUGUAAAGACACUCAGUUAACAUCCUAUCACAUGAAUACUGUAUGUUGGAGCAUGUUGAAAAUUAUUUUGACUUUGGUCGCAAAAUUGGUAUGUAUGAACUGUAAAUAAAGCUCUUUAAAAGCCAAAA